CAAUUUAAUACAUAUGGACCAUCUAGUUUUCCACUAAUCAAACAUAAACCUACACUAAUUAAUUUGGGGAAUACUUAAUUCUUUAUGUUGUCAAUAAUUUCAAAACAACAAUAAAAGGAAAUUAAAUGGAGUCAAGACAGAUCGUCGACUUGGAAAAACAAAGGUGGGUCCCAUCUAAUUCACUGUCCUGAUUUUUCCUCUUCUUUCCUUGUUCGUCUCCCCCCAAUCUCCUCCUCCUCUUUUUUUGUUCUGAAGAGACUCUCGCCGUCUAAUGGGAAGCUGUUGGUCUGAUGGCUCUUACGCUGGUGGAGGAAUGGUCGGUGUUGGUGGUGGGGCUAAUUCCUCCGCCGCCACUCCUAACGACGCCGUUGACUACUAUCUCAAGUCUCGUGGCUACAAUGGCCUCUUUUCUCAGAUCGAGUUAUCUUUCUCUGCUUCCAAUUUGCGAGACCGGGACGUGAUUUCAAAGAGUGAUGCAAUGGUGGUUGUUUAUACAAAAGGAAGAGAUGGAACACUUGCUGAAUUGUUUCGUAGUGAAGUUGUUUUGAAUUCUUUGAAUCCUAAAUGGAUUAAGAAUUUUACUAUUGGUUAUCAGUUCGAGAUUGUGCAAACAUUGCUGUUUCGUGUCUAUGAUAUUGACACUCAGUUUCAAAAUUCUAAGGAGGAGUUGCUUAAGCUCGACGAACAGCAAUUUCUCGGUGAGGCAACAUGUACAUUGUCCGAGGUGGUUACCAAAUCAAAUAGGACGAUUGCUUUAGAACUUAUGCGUAAAGAAGGUGUUGCUGCACAGACUCAGCCACAACAUAAUGGAAAGCUUAUUGUUCAUGCUGAGGAGUCUUUAGCUUCUAAGACCAAUACAGAGAUUGUAUUUAGGGGGUUGAAUUUGGAAUCAAAGGAUACUUUCUCUAAAAGUGACCCGUUUUUGGUGAUAUCUAAGAUUGUAGAGCACGGGACUCCAAUCCCGGUCUCUAAAACAGAAGUUUUAAAGAAUGAUCCCAAUCCACUUUGGAAACCAGUCUCUCUAAGUGUUCAACAAGUGGGGAGUAAGGACAGCCCACUGGUAAUAGAGUGCUUAGACUUCAAUGGCAAUGGCAAUCACGAUCUGAUAGGAAAAGUUCAGAAAUCACUGUCAGACUUAGAAAAGCUUCAUUUGGCUGGCCAAGGAAUCAAUUUAGCCUUACCUACUGGUGUUGGACAUAAACAUGAAGAUAGGGUAUUAAAGAGCCAGCUUUUCGUUGACAAGUUUACUGAAACCGUCCAGCAUACAUUCCUAGAAUACUUGGCUUCUGGAUUUGAAUUGAACUUCAUGGUUGCAAUUGAUUUCACAGCUUCAAAUGGAAAUCCUCGCCUGCCAGAUUCCUUGCAUUACAUUGAUCCUACAGGACGAUUAAAUGCCUACCAGAGAGCAAUAGUUGAAGUUGGAGAAGUGUUGCAGUUCUAUGACUCGGACAAACGCUUUCCCGCAUGGGGUUUUGGAGCUCGUCCAAUCGACAUCCCGGUCUCACAUUGCUUUAACCUCAACGGAAGCAGUACUUAUUGCGAGGUAGACGGAAUUCAAGGAAUCAUGAAUGCCUACAAUGGCGCUCUCUUCAAUGUCUCUUUUGCAGGACCUACUCUAUUUGGUCCUGUAAUCAACGCUGCUGCAACAAUCGCAAGCGAUUCACUCGCUCAAAGUGCAAAGAAAUAUUACGUCUUGUUAAUAAUCACAGAUGGAGUAAUAACAGAUCUUCAAGAAACGAGAGACUCAAUUGUCAGUGCAUCGGAUCUCCCAUUAUCAAUCCUCAUCGUUGGAGUCGGAGGAGCUGACUAUAAAGAAAUGGAGGUACUAGAUGGAGAUAAAGGAGAGAAAUUAGAGAGCUCCAGUGGUCGAAUAGCAUCGCGCGAUAUCGUCCAGUUUGUUGCAUUACGAGACAUACAAUAUGGAGAGGUCUCAGUGGUAGAAGCACUUCUAGCAGAAUUGCCAACACAAUUUUUGACGUAUAUGAGAAACCGUAAUAUUACUCCCACCACCACUACUCCAUCUUCUACUUGAUCCACACUCUCAACACUGUACAUACAUCAGUCAGUCACAGCUAUAAACGCUGUCGUCUUAUCUUGGCUUUUAUUUUUGUUUUUUUCGAUUUUAUAUUGUCUGGAAUUUUUCCGUUUUCCAGUAUUCCACGUCAAAUUAUAUCUCAUCACUCUUCAUUAUUAUAUUUGUUGUCAAAAACAUAAUUUAUUAUAUAUGCCAAAUUAUUAGUUGGUUUGGGCGUAUUCACAU